AUGGCUUUGCUAGUUGACAAACUGCGACCACGCUCGCUCGAAGCUCUCUCAUAUCAUCAUGAACUGUCCGCACGCUUGAAGUCACUGGCACAAAGUGGAGAUUUCCCCCAUCUACUCAUGUACGGACCAUCAGGCGCAGGCAAGAAGACGCGGACAAUCGCGACAUUAAAAGAGCUGUACGGUGCGGGUGUGGAAAAGAUCAAGAUCGAUGCCAGAGUCUACCAGACGACGAGUAACCGGAAGCUCGAAUUCAACAUUGUAUCGUCUGUAUACCAUCUGGAGAUUACACCUUCGGAUGUAGGAAACUAUGACCGUGUCGUCGUGCAGGAACUGCUCAAAGAGAUUGCGCAAACACAGCAGGUCGAUCUCUCCGCAAAGCAAAGGUUCAAGGUUGUUGUUAUCAAUGAAGCAGAUCAUCUGAGUCGUGACGCCCAGGCAGCUCUGAGACGGACUAUGGAGAAAUACAGUCCCAACCUGAGAUUAAUUCUAUUGGCCAAUAGCACCUCAAAUAUCAUUGCUCCGAUUCGUUCCAGAACCCUGCUGGUCAGGGUUGCGGCACCAACGGAAGACCAGAUCUGCUCUGUGCUCAGCGCUGCUGGCAAGAGGGAAGGCUGGCCGGAGGCGCCCGGGCUUAAUAAGAAGAUAGCAAAGGAGAGCGGACGCAAUCUCCGACGCGCGUUACUCAUGUUUGAAGCUAUCUAUGCUCAAAGUGAGAAGGUGACAGAGAACACUCCGAUCCCACCUCCGGACUGGGAGGUGCUCAUUUCUAUUACGGCUGAUGAGAUUCUGGCCGAGCGGUCGCCAGCUCGACUAUUGCAAGUCCGGGCGCGCUUGUACGAUCUCUUAACUCACUGCAUCCCGCCGACUACUAUUCUCAAGACUCUCACCUUCAAGCUCAUCGCCAAGGUAGACGAUGCUCUGAAGCCCGACGUUAUUAAAUGGUCUGCAUUCUACGAGCACAGAGUCACACAAGGAAGCAAAGUUAUCUUCCACCUGGAGGCCUUCGUCGCCAAAUUCAUGCGCAUCUAUGAAAGCUACCUAAUGGGCAUGGACUUCUAA